AUCCGUUUUACAAUUAGCGACCUUCCCAUUGAGAUUGCCCUCAUCGUCUUGACAUAUGCGGCCAAGCCGACAUUUUCCCAAGAAGAGAAAUAUGAUGAUAAAAAUCCCUAUUCCACUGCCGUCUCCCUAUGUCUCGUCUCUCGACUUGUGAGACGCGCCAUCCUUCCCGAAUUACUACAGACGAUCUUGCUUCGCCGACCCUGCGGCAUGAAUAUGUUUGCAAAUGCUCUGUGUAUGCAGAAAGCGUACGCUGAGAAAGAAAGCGAUCUCGUGUUUGACUAU